AUGAAUGACGAUGAGUACGUACGUUUCACGCAACAGUCAGAUAUUGAUUUAAGUAAAAAUAUACUAAUUUUAAAUAAAAAUGAAAAACUAAUAAUCAUUUGGUUUGAUGCUAAAGUUGAUGAACAAAUGGGACAAACAUUAAAACAAUUACAUGAUAAUAUUAUUUUAUGUUGUACUAUUGAUAAAUUAAUCGAUUCAAUCCAUCAAAUACAAAAUCAAAAAAUCAUUUUAAUUGUAUCUGGUCUGCAUUCACGUCAAACACUGAUAUUAACACAUUUAAAUUCCAGAAUUGAUUCAGUUUAUAUAUUCUGUAUGAAUAAACAAUUGUAUCAGGAUCUUUUAGAUAGUAAAAACUAUCCAAAAUUAAUUGGAAUUUAUACCAGCUAUGAUCAAUUAUUCAAACAAUUAGAAAAACAAAUUCGUACAGUACUAAAUCAUUUAUCAAUAUUUACAUUGUUCGAUAAACACAAUAAAUCAACAAGAGAUUUAGAACAAGAAUCUACCGUAUAUUUGUUGUAUCAGGUAUUACGCGAUACAUUAAUGAAAUUUGAAAGUACAAAAAACGAACAAUCGAA